CAUCUUAUGAUAUAUUUAUGUUUUAUGCUAUAUUUUUACGUGAGCGCAUAUAAAAAAAACAGUAAUGUAAUUGGUAUCGAUUUGUGUAAUGAGAAGCAGCCAAUCACAGUUUAGUCACGUGAGUGUCGUAAACAACGGAGCUGUCGAGAUUAUAGGAAGUAAAAGACCGUAAAAUGGUAAAUGCGUAAAACAGUUAACAAUUGUAUUACCUAUUAUUUUGGCCUAUUAUUUGUCUUUCAUUUGCUCUUGCACGGUGUUUGACAUUUUUGGAUACAAUGUUGUCUGGUCAUGUAUGAGGUCCCGAUCACAACCAAUUGAGCUCAGUCAGCCUGUGAUCCAACAUGCGUCCAUGUUCUUGUGACACCUUUGUGGCUCUGCCCCCCUCCACCGAGGGGCACCGCAUCAUUUUUGGAAAGAACUCCGACAGGCCUUGUGAUGAAGUCCAGGAAGUGCUUUUUUUCCCUGCCUCAGACUAUGAGCCGGGGUCAAAGGUCAAGUGUAGUUACAUCGAGAUCGAUCAAGUUGCCCACACGUAUGCAGUUGUUUUGAGCAGACCGGCGUGGCUGUGGGGCGCAGAAAUGGGUGCAAAUGAGCACCAAGUGUGUGUUGGGAAUGAGGCUGUGUGGGGAAGAGAGAGUGCUGAAGGUGAGGAGGCUCUUCUUGGCAUGGAUCUUGUAAGGCUUGCACUUGAGAGGGCUGACACUGCUGAGAAAUGCGUGCGCGUCAUAGCCGAGCUUCUGGAGAAACACGGCCAAGGAGGAGCUUGUUUAGAGGAACAAUGUGACUUCACCUACCACAACAGUUUCCUGAUCUCGGACCGGAAGGAGGCCUGGGUGAUGGAGACCUCCGGGAAGUACUGGGCCGCAGAGAGAAUGGAAGGUGGAUAUCGCAACAUCUCAAACGAGUACAACAUCACAACUAAGAUUGACAGAGAACAUCCUGACCUGCGCAAAUAUGCACAACGUAAAGGCUGGUGGGACGGGAAGGUCCAGUUCAAUUUUGCUGCCGUCUACUCCUACAUGAACACAGGCAGAAUUGAAGCAUCUGGCAGUCGAUACUGUGAAGGAAAGAAGUUGCUGCAAAAGAGCAAUGGGCACAUCACCGCUCAGACGAUGAUGGACAUCCUGAGGGAUAAAGAGAGUGGCAUCAAUAUGGAGGGCAUGUUCAUGACAACAGGCAGUAUGGUGUCGGUGGUACCUGUGGAUCCAGCUCUGCCAGGGGUUCACUAUUUCACUGCUACUCCAUCCCCUGAAAGGUCAGUGUUCAAACCCUUCAUCUUUGUGGAAAACAUGAAAGUGGAGCUAAAGGAGACCACUUCUCCCAGUUAUGGCCCAGUAAAGAAGUCUCACUUUCAGAGCAAGCCUGACAGAAAGCACAGCUUGUUCACCAAACACGACGUGGUGUCAGCCGUUGAGACACACAAGGGGCGAGGAGAGCGGCUCACUCGCGAAAUGAGGAGGUUAGAAAGUGAGAGAAUGAAACAAAUGGAGGGGAUUCUUUGUCAUGGCAUCAAGCAGCCUGAUACUUUACUGGAUCUAUUCUCCAGCGCUGUACAGGAUGAAAUGGAGCUGUACAGCAAAGGCUUCUGAGUCAAUCAUUCAGGACACAGUUCAGACCAUAAACUAAGUAGUAUGUACCAGAAACUAUCACAAUGACAUGUAAGCUCAAAUAAAGUGUACUGCAUGUUGA